ACUUCCCAUUCAAAAUCGCACACCUCAACGCGCCGCGUGUCGCACUUGGUCCCCCCGGAAUCCAAAAAAAAAUAACCCACCCCAGAAAUUAACCCAACCCCACGUUAAAAUCGCAGUCAAAAUUCACAAGCCGAUCCGAAAGCGCGGUCUAGAAAAAUCCCAAAUCCAAUAGCCAAAAUAUAUAUAGCCAAACGGAAAGUUAAGUAACCCCAAUACAUUUUUUUGCUGUGCGAAGCGAGACAAAGAAGAGUGCCAAAAAGAAUACAGAGCAUCUAAAGAGGAUUACCAAUUCAAAGAGGAGCCGCAGAAACCAAUGCAAAGAUGUGCCACAAUUCAGGGAUCGUGGAGAAAAACAACGAGCAGCAGAUCGAGCGCUACAUGGCCUGUGGGAUGCCAUCGAAGGCGGUGAAGAGUGUCAAGUACACGCUGAAGAAGCGCGAGAAGAAGGAGCAGCAGCGGAGAGAUCUGCAGAGGGAACAGCAGUUCCUUGAGGAACUUGAGCUAAGCAGCAGCGCCAGUGACGACUCCUCCUCCUCCUCCUCGUCGGUCACUGGCAGCGAUAGCGAGAAUAGCGGCGUUACCGAAACCGUUUUGAAAUCCUCGCCUUCGGCGGAUAUGACAACCAGUCCAAAGGUCAUAUCACCGGCCCCCACACCCAGGAGCGACCUCCUGCGAUUCUGCCCACGUUUUCGCAAGCUGCAGCAGGAGCAGCAGCAGCAGAUGCUCAAGGAGAUGGAGUUGCAGGAGGAGGAGUCCUUGGCCACCAGCACGCCCGCCGCCGCCCUGAAGGCUCAACAGCAGCGCAAGCUGAGCUUCAUGGAGCCGUCGAUGGACGACGCCCUGGCCAUCGGCACACAGAUGACUAGGCAGGUGUCCGAGCGAAUCACCUGCCUGGUGGCCAAGCUGCAGGCCAGUCGCCUGUACACAAUUCUGACGCGUACGACACAGCCAGCACACUUGAUAGCUGUUUGCAUCUUGGCCUUUGUGCUGAUGACUGUGGGACGCGACCUCAUCGACCCAACGACAACAGUAGCAACAGAAGCAGCAGCGGAGAACGCAGCUGCGUCUGCAACAGCAGCAUCGACGAGAACAGCAACGGGCGGAGUUAUGGCGGCCUUGGUCUUCCUGGGCGCUUUUGCCACCCACUUUGGGUCUCAGAUCUGGAUGACAUUUGUCUCGGGACUCUCGCUGUAUUUCUCUCUGCCCCGCCACGUUUUCGGUCAGUGCCAGCAGAUCCUCUUCCCGCGCUACUUCGCCCUGAACGCCAUGCUCAGUCUCACGAUGCUGGUGGUGUAUGCCAAGUAUUUCCUCAGCGGAUGGACGACAUCGGCGGGCAUCCAGAUGGGAUCGCUGGCCCUGGCGGCGGGAAUCGAGGUGGUGGUGCGCCUGUACCUGGUGCCACCGAUGCUCCAGCUGAUGCACGAGAAGUACAAGAUCGAGGAUGCAAUCGGCAGUGGCCAGGAGGUGGGCAGCCUCGUCCAGGGCGACCUCGUCGAUUGCCCGCACUAUCAGCGCAUCCACAAGGGAUUCCGGCGCAUCCACAUGACCAUCGCCAUUGGCAAUAUGACGGUCAUGCUGACCACCUGCCUGCAGCUGUAUUUUCUGGCAUCGAAAAUACGCCUUAGCUAAGGCAAGCCCGAAGUGAAGAAUUUAUAGAUUUAGGUUCCCACCACAUAACAACGCAUACACACAUUACUACUAUUGUAUUUCCAUGUUCGAUAAAUGUCUCAAAAUCUAUAUGGCUUAUUGAA